UGUGGGCGGCGGCUGGAGAGGUGAAGCCGCUUCUUCCGCGGCCUCAGGUCCUUUUUGGGUGUCACUACUUCUCAGAAGAGCUAGAGGACUUCAAGGAGGAGGAAGUGUAGUGUUCAGAGGCUGUGCAAACCAGGAAUUUUAAACUCUGUUUCUAGCAGUGAGAAACAGCAGUUUCUCCUCCUCCAUAUUCUUUGUGGAGGAACUAAAAAGCUUUGGACUCUCAUGAAUACUCAGUGCCAUUGGAGCCAUUUGCAAUGUUGAGAAAAAAAAUGACCUUUUCAUGAACUUUUAUGAAGGAUGCAAAUGAGCAAAGUAUGAGCUUCAAUGCUUUUGUCCAUGAAAACUCUUAGAGAAGAUGGCUGAUGUAAGCCUGAAGGAAGCAGCAUUAAUAGUUGGCGUGGUAGCAGUCUGCUACUGGAACAGUCUCUUCUGUGGCUUUGUUUUUGAUGAUGUUUCAGCGAUUUUGGACAAUAAAGAUUUGCAUCCUUCAACUCCGUUAACAAAUCUGUUUCAGAAUGACUUCUGGGGCACUCCAAUGUCAGAGGAGAGGAGUCAUAAAUCUUAUCGUCCCCUUACAGUUCUUACAUUUCGCUUAAACUACUUGUUCAGCGAGUUAAAUGCAGUUUCCUACCACUUCCUAAAUCUAGUCUUUCAUGUGGUGGUUUGCAUAGUCUUCCUCAAGGUCUGUAAGCUUUUUCUGGACAACAAGAGCAGCAUAGUAGCAUCCCUGCUGUUUGCAGUGCACCCAAUACAUACUGAAGCGGUAACUGGAGUUGUGGGCAGAGCAGAGCUUUUGUCAUCUAUUUUUUUUCUAGCUGCUUUUUUGUCAUAUACAAAAUCCAAAGGACCAGAUAAUACCAUAGUGUGGACUCCAAUUGCAAUGACUGUGUUUCUAGUAGCUGUUGCGACACUUUGUAAAGAACAAGGAAUAACAGUGGUGGGAAUAUGCUGCGUAUAUGAAGUAUUUAUUGCUCAAAGGUAUACCUUGCCAGUGUUGUUGGACACAACUGUACAGAUUCUUCGAGGGAAGGGCAGUAUUCCUUUCUCUAUGCUCCAAACACUGUUGAAGCUCAUAGUCCUAAUGUUCAGUACACUACUGCUUGUAGUUAUCCGCGUCCAAGUUAUCCAGUCUCAACUUCCAGUGUUUACAAGGUUUGAUAACCCAGCUGCUGUUAGUCCAUCCCCAGCAAGACAGCUGACUUUCAACUACCUCCUCCCUGUAAAUGCUUGGCUUCUUCUCAACCCCUCAGAACUAUGCUGUGACUGGACAAUGGGAACUAUUCCUCUCGUGGAGUCUUUGUUAGAUGUUAGAAAUGUGGCCACCCUUACCUUCUUUGGCUUUCUGGGAUCUUUGAUUGUCUUCAGUCUCCGAUACCCUGGGGAUUCCUCCAAGACUGUAUUGAUGGCUCUCUGCUUAAUAGUGCUACCGUUCAUUCCUGCAUCAAAUCUCUUUUUUCCUGUUGGAUUCGUAGUAGCAGAGCGAGUGUUGUAUGUUCCUAGCAUGGGAUUCUGCAUAUUAGUAGCACAUGGGUGGAAGAAAUUAUCAACUAGAAGUGUGCUAAGAAAAAUUUCUUGGGUUUGUUUGGCUGCGGUUCUGUUCACUCAUGCCUUAAAAACUCUGCACAGAAACUGGGAUUGGGAAUCAGAGUACACGUUGUUUAUGUCAGCUUUAAAGGUAAAUAAAAACAAUGCAAAACUAUGGAACAAUGUGGGGCAUGCCUUAGAAAAUGAAAAGAAUUUUGAGAGAGCUCUGCAGUUCUUCAUACAAGCCACGCAAGUGCAACCAGAUGAUAUUGGUGCCCACAUGAAUGUAGGAAGAACUUACAAAAACUUAAACAAAACUAAAGAAGCCGAAGAAUCAUACAUGAUUGCUAAAUCAUUGAUGCCACAGAUUAUUCCAGGUAAAAAGUAUGCAGCAAGAGUUGCUCCUAACCAUCUGAACGUUUAUAUCAAUCUUGCAAACUUAAUUCGAGCAAAUGAGUCUCGCCUUGAAGAAGCGGAUCAAUUAUAUCGACAAGCAAUUAGUAUGAGGCCAGAUUUCAAGCAAGCUUAUAUCAGCAGGGGAGAAUUGCUUUUAAAAAUGAACAAACCUCUGAAAGCUAAGGAAGCUUAUCUUAAAGCUCUAGAACUAGACAGAACCAAUGCAGACUUGUGGUACAACUUGGCAAUUGUUUAUAUUGAACUGAAAGAUCCAACAGAAGCCCUGAAGAAUUUCAACCGAGCACUAGAACUCAACCCAACACAUAAACUGGCAUUAUUCAACUCAGCACUGCUAAUGCAGGAAUCUGGUGAGGCUCGGCUUAGACCUGAAGCUAAGCAAAGACUGUUACAUUACGUGAAAGAAGAACCACAGGAUGCAAACGGGUACUUCAAUUUGGGUAUGCUGGCGAUGGAUGACAAAAAAGAUACAGAAGCAGAGGCAUGGAUGAAGAAAGCCAUAAAGUUACAGCCAAACUUCCGAAGUGCAUUGUUCAAUUUGGCACUGCUUUAUUCUCAGACAGCAAAAGAACUGAUGGCUUUGCCCGUCCUGGAAGACCUACUGAGAUACUACCCAGAUCAUACCAAAGGUCUCAUUUUGAAAGGAGAUAUCCUUAUGAACCAAAAGAAGGAUAUUGUUGGAGCAAAAACAUGUUUUGAAAAAAUUUUGGAACUAGAUCCCAACAAUGUGCAAGGAAAACACAAUCUUUGUGUGGUUUACUUUGAAGAACGAGAUUUAAUAAAAGCAGAAAAAUGCUUGGUGGAGACACUGGCACUGGCACCUCACGAAGAAUACAUUCAGCGUCAUCUGAACAUAGUUAGAAGUAAAAUUGCAUCACUCGGUGCUGCAGAACAGUCGUCGCUUCCUGCAGAUGGGACUGCAACUGGAGCUACUGCAGAAAAAAAAAAUUCACUUAAACAUUUGAAAGAAGUAAAAAAUGAGCAGAAAUCCACCCAAGCGAUAGUUGAUAACAAUAAAGGGCACUCAAAAAGCAAGAAACAAAUAGAGAAAAACAAUAUGGACAAAGACACUCCCAAAAAAUCUACAAAAGAAAUCAAAGACAUUGAGAAAAAGAGAGUUGCUGCUUUGAAAAGACUAGAAGAGAUUGAACGUAUAUUAAAUAGUGAAUAGUCUUUAUCAUGUCACAAUGGAAAAAGGGAAGAAUACUGUUUCUAAUUAUUGUCUAAUAUGUGAUGCAACUGGAAAGUCGUCUCAGUCCUUUGAAAAUAGAAAUGUUGACAGCAUAUCACUUGGCAAGCAGCAAAAGGCACUACAGUGUGUUAUGUGAGAAAACUACAACUUUUAAAAAUGUGGGGGAUGAAUGGGGAAUCAAAGGAUAAACGGUGGAGAAUAUUCUUAAAUGCAGGAUCCUAAUAGUGAUGAAAUAGCAGUCAUAAAAAUAAUUGAUAAGCAGGGAUAUCCAGUAAUGCUACUUUCAAAGAAUUGGUACAAGAUCUGAAUGGAGAAUUAAUGGGAUAAGCCAGACACUGCUGCUUUCCCCCAUAGAGAUCUGUUUGUAUUAACAUCAUCUGCAUUUCACUUUACACAUCAACAGUUUAAAUCUUUCUAGACCUAUGCUAUACAUAAAACAGAGUUUUUCUUUGCAUUAUUUGUUUCCAAAAAUUAACAAAAAGUCAUCAGAAUACCACUGGUUAUAGUAUAGGAGGAUGCAACAACACACUAAAAUUUUCUGUUGUGUUCUAAAUAUGGAAUGAUACAAUAACCUUUUAAUUGUUCUUUAUUUACAAUGUUAAUGGUUUGUACUGUUUUACCUGAUAGAAAUCUUACGGUGCUCUUCAGAACUUUUGACUAUGAUUUUACUUUUAAGGAAAAUAUGUGGGUUUUUUUUUCAACUGUCUAUCAUCCGUUUUUUAAAAAUAAUAUAAAAAGGUGAUUUUCUCACUUUUUUCCCCAGUUUAUUGAAUGCUGACAAAUGCACUUUUGAUAUAGUAACCAGUAUGCUAUGCAGUAGUCCUUGCUGACUUUGUAUCAAUGGCUGUGGAUUGACUCCUUGGUGUAGUAAAUUCUUCCUUGUUUGUAGCAAACUGGCUUCACUAUUUCUGUCAUUGGAACAGUAUUUCUAUUCUUGUGACUUUCUACAACACUAAUACAAGCCAUGAUUGUUGAAGGCAGUGUAAUACUAAUUAAGCCACUGAAUUUAGCAAUGUUUAACACGAGGAUCCUUCCAAAUAUUAAGUUUUGUUGUUUUGAUACUUUGGCAUGGGUGUGUGGUUUUUAUUAAAUAUUUGACUACUAAAAUAUUCCAUUAACACUUUUACACUAAUGCAUCAUUUUAUUUUCUUACAGAAAAUGAAAAUCUUUGCAAUUUCCGUAUUGCUUUUAUCCUUGUGCAAUGCAUAUAUUUUUGUUUAAAUAUACUACCAGUUACCUAAAACUGAAUGUUUUCUGUAGUUAUGAGAAACAAAAGUAUGAGAGCUGGCUUGAAUCGUAAUUUAAUUAGUCAUUAAAUCUAACUCUUACUCUUCAUGUUUUGUCUUAUUUCAUGAUGUAGAAGCAUUCCUUAGCAACUCUACUGUUUAAACUUAAUCCUUUCCAUAACUGCUCAACUUUCUGCCUUGGGCAGUAAUCCAGCUGUAAAAUGUAAUGUUUAUCUCUGUGGGAGGGACCCUAAAUUGUUGAAGGCCUUGCACGGACCUUUACUUUAUUAUGUAUCAUUUAUAAUGUUGCCACAACAACUGCUUGCACAGUAAUAACUAGGGGCGGGAGGGAAAAGAAGUGAGUUUUUAGAAUCCCAAUUUAAAAGCUGCAUACAGAAAUGGUUAUGUGGUGUGCAGUUCUUCUUUGUACAGAAUUUUUUAAGUGUUGCUUGUACCAAAGCACUCCCAGGAAUCUGUUGACCACACCUUGAAAAUUGCUGUUUUAUCUUGUCUGUGAGUAACUCAGUUAUUUGUAGCCAAAAUAGCUGGUAUUUUGACUGUUACAGAAACUUUAACUUGCAUGUUCAGUCUUCCCUCCAAACCUUUGUUUUAUGAAAGAAUUAGUCAUUAUUCUGGGUGUUACAAGGGAACAUUUAUUUGAAAAUGGAAGGAGCUAAGUAAUAAGAGAAGGUACUUUCUGAUUGAGCAAGUCAGGAUACUCCUGUCUAUAGUAUCAAGAGCUCCUUGAAUCCUGUUGCCACAUCACUUUCCUUUUGGUCUGUAAAUGGAGGAGGGGAGGAAAGGCACAAUCUUGAUUCCUGCAGUGAAGCCUCUGUCAUGCUGCUCUCAACUGGACCAGCCAAGUAGCUCUUAUUUAGAGACUAGCUACAGUGGCUACAAAAUAAUCAGACUCAUGUGAACCAAUGUAUGCCAGAUGUAAGUCGGUCUGCUAUCAGCUUCUAUACCCCCAUUGUCUCUUAAGUUUUAGUAAAAACAAAUAUUUUAAUUAAUAUCAGUGUGAUGAGUAGUAUUUAGCCUGUUAGGAUAUAUCAACCAUUUAAAAAUGAAAAUCUCAUGAGAAAAAUGGUUCCGUAAAUUGAAGUGGCAUAAGUUCUAAAAAAUAAUCGAAACAGCAUUUGCUCACAGGAAAUUAUCAGAGAAUGAUUCUGACUUUGCUUACAGAUAGAAUAAUCAGCAGACGUUUUUCAGUUUUCAAUGCAGCCUACCUUCUCUCCUCUCCUUGCCAUCCACAUGUGUGGGAACACCAUAAAUGUCAUCUCUUUUUAGAAAUUUCACUUUCACUAAUGUUCAAGAACUGGGAAUUUCCAAGUAUGGGGCAGGUUUACUAAAAUAAUUUGUAGCCUUCUUCUUGUACAGUACAAUUGAUGUGGUUACUGAGGAAACCUGAAGAGAUGUCUUCUGUCAUCUUUGCAUACAUAUACAAAUUGUUGAAACUUACAUGUACAUCUGCAAUAAGCAUUUUAAGUGUUACACACAUCUGUGCAUGUAAUUUCAGUGCAGACACAGACAUUUGUCAAAUUAAUUUCUGGAUCUUUUGCAGAUGAGUAUUUGCAUAAAGAGAGGUAACUACAUGUAAAAAGAAGGUUUAAUUGUAUGUGCAUGCAUAUUUCAGGGCAAAAGGAUGCUUGUGUGUAGUGCAGUUGCAGAAGGACGACAUAUGCAGUUGUAGUCUAAUCUUUGAGUAUAGAAUUUUGACUGUUUCACUCAUGAAACAUCCUAGGACCUCCUUUUCUGAGUGUUAUUCUUUACACUGCAACCAGUUAAAAUACAAGCAGUUAAAUAUAUGAUCAUUCAGAUCAGAUUUCCUUCUUUUUAGUCUAUUGCAUUUUAUCAGCUCUGUUGCAGAAAUAGUUGGGUGUUUUAAAGAAUAGGAAACGUUCUCCUAGAAUGUCAAUGUACAAAGUGUUGGAGAUUGGAAUCACAAAUUAAGGGGAACAGAAACGCUUUUCAAUGUGCAGUGCAGUUUGCACCUUGAUUAGGCCAUAAUGGAAGAGAGAAAGUCACACAAGGGGUAGGAAGAUUGCCAUGAAUUGAGGGUUUCAUAUAAAGAAAGGCAAGAAAAAGUGCUGCAACAUGCGUGCUGCCAGAGUAUUUAACUAAGGGAAACGAAACUUUUAAAUUUCUGCUCAGUUGUGGAGACUUACUGAAGUGCAUCUAAGUUUGGAACACAACAGCAAUUUCAGUAUGUUUGAAAGGAAUAUUUGAAAGCAUAUUUGAAAGGUAAGUGGGUCUUGACUGUGAAACAAUACCGCCGUGAACCCUAUAGGGGCUUCUCCAGCUCCUCAUUCCCCACUGGCUGUCUUGUGUGAAGCAGACAGGCUCAGGAGAUACUCCUACUCUGAGAGGGACAUGGAUUUGUUCUGUGCCCAUGUGAUGCAAAAGAUACGUUUUGUUCUCAGUGAGGUACAACCGUGGUUACUGAGGUCCCCCUAAAUGGUUGCUGACAGCAGUUUGCAUUAUUAGUCUUCG